AUUUUACCACCCUUACGCCUUACGUGCUUUAUUCAUCCCAUCCCAUCCCAUAGAAAAAUAAUACAGACGAAUCUAUUAGCAAACUCGAGCCCUCUUGAAUCCUUUUUUUGCUCUGAGUUGGCUCUUUUUUAAUUCUGCAGACGUUGUAGCCAGCUGCUUCUCUUUUUUCCUCUGGUCUGUUUUCUUUUUAUUCUUUUUCAUUUUCUUCUAGUGAACAUAUUCCGAUGCACUACAGCCGGUGACGCGACUCUCCUUUGCCCCCUUUAUUCUAAGAAACGACAGAAAAAGGGUUCCGAUAACAUCCUCACUUCCUAAUUUAUCGUUACGAGUCGCGCGCCUGGUUCGAGUCAUUCCAAUAUCCGAUUGACGAUACCGAUAUCCGAAUACCGUCGUCAACUCGUUGGUCGUAAUUAUCGGUAAUUUAUCAAUCAACACGUUCGUUAUCCGCGACAUCAAGAUCGCACCCUGUCAGCAGCCAUGAGGCUCGCUUCUCUCGCGCUGUUUCUCAGCGCUGCCGUCCUCGGCACUGCGCAAGCAAUUGGUGCGGAGACGAACGAUAGUCCAGAUCAAGAAAACACAUAUUUUAAUGGAAAAAGAGUACCCCCGUUACUUGAGAUAACGGGCGACACUUUCGAUAAGGAGGUUCAGCAGUCCAAAUUCCUUGUUGUCAAAUAUUAUAGCCCGUACUGCCCUCAUUGUAUAGAUUUUGCUCCGACCUAUCAGACCUUGUAUGAAUAUUAUUACACCUCGAAAGCCCCGAGCGACCCUGAAUCACCAACGUCUACCUCUUCAUUCGAGAAAUACUACGACAUCCGGUUCGCUUCAGUAAAUUGUAUUGUUAAUGGCGAUUUGUGUACGAAACAUGAUGUCCAGGCAUGGCCUCAGGUUGUCGUAUACAAGAAUGGGGAACGAGCCGAUUUCGUUAAAGGCGGAAAAGGCAUGGAUGUCCUUUCAACUAUGAUUGAAGACGUGCUUGAGAAAGAGAAGCCUGGUACACGCCCGACAGGAAUCAAGCUCCCCGAACCUGGUGCGACAAACCUGCCCACUGCCUCCGAGACUACACCACAGAAAGUAGACAUCACCAAGCCGUCCAAACCAUCUAAGCCUACCAAGACCCCCAAUGAGCAAGGAAUCUCCGUAUCACUCACGGCCGAAAGCUUUCAGACUCUCGUCACAAUGACCCAAGAACCUUGGUUUAUCAAGUUUUACGCUCCUUGGUGCCACCAUUGCCAGGCCAUGGCUUCGAACUGGCAACAGCUUGCUAAGGAAAUGAAAGGCAAGCUGAAUGUUGGUGAAGUCAACUGCGAUGCUGAAUCUAGGCUGUGCAAGGAUGUUCAUCUUCGGGGUUAUCCCACCAUCCUUUUCUUCAGAGGAGGUGAACGUGUUGAAUACAAUGGCUUGCGUGGACUCGGCGAUUUUAUUCAAUAUGCUGAUAAGGCUUUGGAUGUUUGCGGCGGUGUCCAGGAUGUCGACGCUGCUUCCUUCAAGGCUCUCGAAGAAAAGGAAGACGUUAUUUUCGUUUACUUCUAUGACCACGCCACCACAACCGAGGAUUUCAUGGCUCUCGAGAGAUUACCUCUUAGCCUAAUUGGACAUGCUAAGCUGGUUAAGACGAAGGACCCCGAACUCUAUGACCGAUUCAAGAUUACAACGUGGCCAAGGUUGUUAGUAUCACGAGAAGGUAGACCUACUUAUUAUAACCCUCUCACGCCCAGGGAAAUGCGCGAGACUCAUCUUGUCCUGACCUGGAUGAAGUCUGUCUGGCUACCUAUCGUUCCGGAGCUCACUGCCUCGAAUGCACGUGAAAUCAUGGAUGGCAAGAUUGUUGUCCUAGGAAUUCUCAACAGGGAAGACCAGGAAACAUUCGUGAGUGCUAAGCGUGAAAUGAAGCGUGCUGCAAAUGAAUGGAUGGACAAGCAAAUCCAACUAUUCCAGCUUGAGCGACAGAACCUCCGAGAUGCUAAACAGCUUCGCCUCGAGGAAGCAGAGGACCGCAAUGAUCAGCGGGCUUUACGAGCUGCCAAGAGCAUCCGAAUCAGCAUGGAUAUGUCUGAUCGUAAGGAGGUUACUUUUGCCUGGGUUGAUGGUGUCUUUUGGCAAAGGUGGAUCCGGACUACUUACGGUAUUGACAUCAAGGAUGGUGAACGGGUUAUCAUAAACGAUGAGGAUAAUCGACGAUACUGGGAUAUGACCAUUACCGGUAGUCCCAUUGUUCCUUCGCGAGUAUCGAUCCUUGAGACUAUUUCGAAAGUCACUGCUUCCCCUCCCCUAAUUAAACCUAAGCUCACGAUCUCGAGCUUCGAGAAGAUAUUCUUCGACAUCCGAGUCACCUUUACCGAACAUCCUUAUCUCUCCUUUGGCUGCAUUGCGGGACUUGGUCUAGGUUGUGCGUCAUGGUUCCGAGGACGACUUCGGAGAAACCGUGGCAACUUCCGCCUAGAAGACAACCUCCCUAUCAAGGAGAUAAAGGAGGGUCUUCUUGGUACCACCGCUAACGGGAAGAAGGAUUGAACAAUUUCUUUAUUUUCGGACGGAAGCAAAGAAUUGAAGCAUCGGCAUUGGGAAGUCAUGGGUUCCUGGAGUUUAUAUCAUCCAGCGGGAGUUCUGUAUAAUACUCUCUUGUGUCCUUGCGCUUGCACAUGUCACCCAUACAACUGGCCGUUGUCAUUUUAUAAAGGCUCGGUGUCUUGGUUAUGGGCACGUUUAUAUCAACACAGAAAGCUACGGCGCGACACGAAACUUUGGGGUUCAGGGAAACGAGAUUCAGGAAGGGAGUUACUGAGGGGAGCAGUCGAGGAAAGAAAAAUGAGAAUGGUUACGCCAAACCGGACUCUUGUGUUUUCAUCACGGAAGCAGAAACGAAUGCAUCAUCAUAAUAAUAUCCCCUAUACUACUUUGACAUUGCUCUACAUUGUCUUGUUCUUUCACUUAAACCUCCGCGAUGGCCUCGUGCACAACGUCUACAUAGAAUAUUCACUAGAGUUAAAGGGAACGGAUGCUUCUUGCAUUAUAACAUCUCGCCCUUUGGUAGAUAAAUUGAGACAUCAAUACAGUACCUCCGCCAUCCCUACGUUUGGAUUAAAAAGAACAUGGGAGCGCAUAUCAGAUACUGAAUGGCUGUCUUACUGAUUGUAGGUAAAUGUUUCAUGAGUGAAUCUAAUAAUUAAAGGCGCCUCUCGAGCGAAGCUA